GGCUGAAUGGCUGGCUGAGCGCACGCAACUUACUAUUGCAGGGCCAGCUUUGCCAAUUAUUUCAGUUAAGCACUGCAACAGCGAACGCCCUAGCUGGCUAGUGCCGUUGGCAACUGCUGACAACCGACUUUUUCUGUUUCUAUCUAUGCCUGAAGUCAGCCAGUUACUGUAGAUCUGUAUUGAGACCGUUCGCACCUCUUCGACAAAGAUAUCAUAUUCGUUCCGUGAACCAACAGCUAACCAACUCUGCCGUUUAUUGCUUUUGGAUCUUCUUGGGCCAAAUUUGGCUCAUGUGUGUGACCAGUUUCCGUUAAAUUUGCCUAAUUACCUAGUCACUUAUGAAAGUUUGCUAAAUCUCAAGAGCCAGUCGGUGCCAUUUUUGUGCAAUUGGCACAUAGAUGGCCACAAAUUCCUUGACAGACUUCUUGAUUGAAUUCUGCCUCGAGGGUCAUCGAUCGUCCUUUGAAAUUUCAGAAUGGCGUGAGAGUAUCUUGUACGCGGAAGCAGGAUAGUCUGGAUUACCUCAAUUGCACAAAGCCUUUCAUUCUUUGCUGCACCCUCUGAAGCAACAUCACGCCGUACCGGUACCGUCCUACUAGCUAGAGAUCCCAACAAACAUGAAGUUCCAAGAAGUCUUGUUCCUUACCCUUGCCGUUGUUUGCGGCGUUGCCGCCGACGACAUGGGCGAUGAUCUUUUGGAUGGCCUCAACGGUACCGAUGACGGUCUCGAUGGUCUUUUGGAUAGUCUCAACUAUACCGCUCCCAGUGGCGAUGAUGAUUUCUGGAACUCGACCUGGGAAUUUCCUUGUGAGGCCGAGACGAUUGCGCUGGACGCGUGCGUUGUCAACAACUCAUGCGAUGAGGCUUGCGAGGGCAUUAUUGGCGACGAUGACGAUGGUUAUGAUGACGACGGCGAUGAUGUCUUUAGUAACUUUGAUCCCAGCAACACGACAGCUAUCAAGGAUGCAGUCAUGGCUUCAUGGGGUAAGAGUUGCGAAACAUCCAAGGAAGAAGUUUGCCUUGCUGAGCAGUGCUGCCCCGUCUGUGUUGAAGUGUAUACGGCCGCUCUUGCGUGCUUGACCAAUGAGACCAUUGGUGUGUUGGAGAACCAAGUGUCAGAUAUCUUGGGGGGUGUUGGAGAUGUCGUGGACGGACUCUUAGGAGCCCUGAAUGAUUUCACUAGUGAAGCCUUGAACGAGACGAUCGCUCCAACGGGUGGAUUGGAUGGGCUUGGAGACUUGUUCUCUGGUUUGACGUGUGACUACGAGAAUGUCAAAUGUCCAAAGCCUGAUGGUAUGGCUAAUGGAACCGAUGUCGCUGACCCAGAAGAGGCGGUCUCUGCUGCCGAAGCAAAGAGUGGAGAGACUGCAUCCGCUGAGAAGGAGCCUGCCAUGACCGAAGAUCUAGAGCCCGCCAAAGUCUUCAUGUCGGGCGCCCAGAGUGCCAGCGUCCUCUUUACCGUGGCCGCUUUGGUUGGAAUCAUGUUGACCGGAAACUAAGCGGACGAGCAAACAAAUUGUAAUCAUGGAUGGAAUAAGUGCUUAUUGCUGUGUACACAUACGUGCAUGUUUCAUGUGAUUCUCAAAGUUUCGGUGGUGGAUCGAUAGUCCUUUCAGUGUUCAAGUCUCUUGCUCAUUCCUGGUGGGCCUGGGUGGGGUUGAUCAAACGUUCGAAUGAGGACCAGAUGGCAACUCUAGCUAGCUAGAAUAAUCCAAAUAGCUAUGUAGAAGAAUCU